CCAGCACAAGAACCUUUGGGGAACAGACUACAAACCACAGCAGCGGUGGGUGAAGAUUUGUCUUCCUGUGAAUGCACAGUCAGUCAUGAAGUUCCGGUUCCUCCUCCUCACUGUAUCACCAUUGACCAUGGUGUUUCUGCUCGUUCUCGGAAGCCUCAAGGAUGAGCUCGAAGAGCUCGAGCAGUGCUGGGUACAGCCUCCGACCAGGUUUUGCGGGAAAAGGUGCACGAAGGUACGGAAAUGUGUGAGUCCAAACUACACGUGCUGCUGGACAUACUGUGGAAACAUCUGCCUGAACAACGAAGAACCCUUUAAAACACUGAUGAAAGUCUAGUGUCAAUGUGAUCCUGCUGGUACGGGCUGAGGGAUGACUGGUCUGGGAGGAAUGCUGCCUGCUGCCCUGGAGAGACUCUCUCCAGCUAAGGGCCUCUCUGCUCUCUCCUUGAUGUUUCCAUGCAGAGAAAGUCUAAGCUUUUGCCAAAUAAAUGUAUUAUGUACC